CAGAAUAAUCAGAUUUCCCUACACUGAACAUGUAAUAAAAUGUGUUAUGUAACUCAUCUUUGUCUUUUCUUACAUUUGACUUACUUUAUUUAAAAACAAAUCAGUCAUGGUCAGCCCACCCCCCUCUUGGCUGCUGCAGAAAGGUGGGAGGGACUAUCAAGUGGACAUAUAAGGUGAGACCUCAGAGGCACCAUGUACUCAGUUCUUCAAGAAAACACUGAAGAUUCCUCCUGCAUUUUUCCUUUGUUUGUAAACUAGCUUUUUCAUUUGCGAAGAAUGGCUCCCAAGCGUGACAAGGAUCGCCGCAUCGUUUCCUGUCUGCAGUGUUUCAGACCACAGGAGCUGUUGCCUAACCACCUGUUAAGAGUCUGCCUGAAGAACCACACAAAUGAGGAGAGGAAUGCAGAGGUGGACAGAGCCAAAAAGUCGAUGAAGGCCUGGACCCUUCAAGGCAGAACCUGGGACUACAACGUCAUGGUCAGGCGGUACCCCGAUGAGGCUUCCAGACAGGCUCUUCUGGAAGACCUUCGUGACAUGCAUUUUUUAAUUCUUAAUGACCCCAUGGACACACCUGCUGAAUCCAGUCACAGACCACCAGGCGCGGCAGUUGAAACUUGCAACAAAAAACCUGCUCAGCCGACUCUCCAAGACUGCCAGAGAGUCCUCAGAGUGUCACAGAUGGACAUGCUGGACAUCCGCAGGAGGCUCCUGGAUCAGCAGCAUGUGGAAGAAGACCAAAGGACGCUGUUCCGUUACUUCUGCGAAGCCAUCCUGGUCCUGAGAUACUUCCAGCGACCAGAAGCAGUGAGGGCAUUUACAGCUUCAGAUUGGGUCAACAAGACACAUGUUGAGGGACGAUUCCGAAUUGGGGUCAGUGAACUGACAGCGUCCACAAAGCAGAGUGCAACAUUUUCCCUCGCAGUGGAGGACUCUGCUAUGCUGGACGCAUACUUCCACAAGGUUCGUCCAGCAUGUCUGCAGGACAGUGUGGACGACCAGGGCAGAUUUUUCCUGUCCAAACAGGGCAUACCAGUUGGCAACGUUGCGAGCGACCUCAACCGUCUGCACGAACAGUAUGAAUUACCAAGCUUUUCAAGCCAAAAAGUGAGAAGAGCCCACAGAUUCAGUACUUCGACAUGCGCUCCUUCUGAUGAGCCGGCUGAUGAGAGGAUAGGUCGGAAAAAGAAGCGAGGCAGAAGCGCAGCUGACCAGGAUGACAGGGACUUUGGAGCGUUUCUCCAGCACUUCCCAGCGACGGCGAGUAGCACCCCACCCACGGAAAAAAAACGGACCGCUGCAGGGUUUCCACCUGACAGAGUCUUUUAUGACAGGUGGAGGUCUGUGCAGUUUGCCAAGCGGGAGGAGCACCUCUUGUCCCAGAGUUCGAGACGGCCCCCGACAGUCAGCAAGGUGUCAUUGCUCAUCCGAAAAGAGGGUUGGACUGCCAACUGUCCUCGCCCCGAGAACGUAGUGGCAAAGUGGAAACCAGUCAGUAGGGUGCAGGUGGAGACGGAUCCAUGGAUCCUCACUACGCUCCAUAGUCAAAAGUGGACAGGCCUGGCCCUCAAGGACUUUGGUGGCACAAAAGGACAUGGAGUUGUUGCCACCAAAGCCUUUGCCAUGGGAUCCAUUGUUUGCGAUUACCAUGGCAAGGUAAUCACAGGAGCAGAGGGCCGGAAGAUGAUGGAGUCCAUCCAGGAUGAGAUGGACUACCUUUUCUUUUUCCAUGGUGGUGGUCGGGACCUCUGCGUAGAUGCUCAGACUUUCCCGUGUGGGUGUCACCCAACAGAAGACACCAUGGGCCGGAGGAUCAAUCAUUCCUCCAAGAAGGCAAACCUGAGGCCAGUCUAUUGCAGGAUGAACUUCCCUGAAGGAGAGAGGGAUGUCAUCCUGUUGCAGGCCACAAGAGACAUUGAUAUCUGUGAGGAGCUGCUGUUUAAUUACGGCGUCAAGCGCACAUCUUUUCGGGGAGAAGGACUGAACCUCGACUGGCUGGAUGAGUGAACAAAAUGCCAUUCAUUCAACACUCUUGCAAUAAUAUCUAUAUACACUGCAUGUUGUUUGCACAUUGCAAUUGUUUUUAACUUGACACUUAGUUUAAUUUUAUUAUGUACAUAACAGUGUCUUUGAUUUUUUGUUAUCUCCCCUGUACAUAGCAAACAAUAAAGAUUCGACUAUAAGCACUGUAA